CUCCUCUAAUUAUGCUCCAGAGGUUGCUACAAACAAGAAUCAGCAAUUCUAACUGACCCGUUAGGAAAGCUGAAAAGGAAUAAAAAUUUAGUUGUAAUCAUUGUUCUAAAAGUUGGUUUAGACAAUAUAUAAAUGUUCGCCUAGACGUUUGACCACCGCCUAGUCGGUACAUUGGGUAUAAACAAAACGAUUUUUCUAAAAUGUUUUUUUUUUAAUUUGGUCUAUACAUUCAAAAAAAUCGUUCUAGACAUCCGGUUAAGACGUGUAACUAUGCCUAACGAUUUAUAGAAUAUUGGCUGUAGCAAAAAAAAAAGGCUUUGGUUUUGGAUUACCCUGAAGAUAAGCCGGUAAAUAAAUGUACCAACCCCUAAAUAUAAAAGAAUGCAAUCUUUUUUUUUGAACUACAAAAAAAAAUGCAUUCUAACCCAUGACAAUUCAUCUUUUGUAAAUUGGUCCAGUGGACACCUAUUAUAGAAAAUCAUUAAUGAAGAAGGUUUUGUUUUUAAAAUUUGGUUCAGUGGGGUUAUCUAUUGUUCAGUUAAGAAAUUCAAUCAACAAAACAAAAACAUAUGAAAGCAUUUACUAGUUUGUAAGAUAUUGUUUUGAAUGAAUUGUUUUUAGAUUUAUAACUAGUUAAUUUACUUUUAUAAAAAAUCUACAUACAAAAACAUAUAAAAUAGUACUCUCUCUGUUCAAUAUGUAGGUGGUUUUAGCCAAAAAAUAUAAUUUACAAUAUAAGGUGUUUGCACAAUUCAAAACAAUUUUUGCAUUAAUUGGAUACUGUGUGACCAAUUCAUUUAUAUAUGAUUUUUUAUUAUUGGUUAAAUUUAUAUAUUAAAUUGUAUUUUUUCAAACCUAUUUUUUAAAAGUAAAACUACUUUUAUAUUGAAAAGGUGGUAGGAUAUAUCAAUCGUUCCAAAUGACCAAAAAAAAAAAAUCAAUCGUACCGAUAAAAAAAAUGGUUGGAGGGUUAUGUGUAAUGGACAUGUUGGUGGACAAUAACUCCAGCGAACGUAUCAACUUUGUAGAUCCUAUCAGAAGAAGUUGUUUGCAUCUAUCCGUUUACUUUAAAGUCAACACACGUGCUCUCCUUAUGAUUCAACCACGAAAGCUUUUUGACUUUUGUAGUUUCCAAACUUUUGAUUCAACAAUUUAUCCGGCUAUGGUAUUAUUUCAAUUUCUUUAGUUAGGCCAAAAUUAAUAUCCCGCACCAUAGUACGGUCAUUAGUCAUUACUCAAUGGCCAACUUAGCUAGCCUAGAGAUCAUAAGCAAAGCUUUCGCCGACAAGUUCUUGAUUUUAAAUUUCAGGAAUAUUAAAUGAAGAAAAUAUGAGUCGCGUUUUGAAUUAUGAGACUGAUGUAAGGCGGUAAAUGUGAUAUAUAUAUUUAUUUUUCUUAAUGACGAACGUGAUAGUUUUUUUUUUGCCAGACUUGAGAUUUUUCUUUUUGAGGAAAUAGUAUUUUAGAUAUUUUCAUAACGUUUAUUCAUAAGACAUUAAUUUCCAUAGCAAUUUAUUUCAUAACACACAUGUAUCGAUCACAUGCAAUGUCAUUUAUUUCCUCCUGUCUAGUAGGCGAUGCAGAAACUGAAACUUUUAUUUUCCAUAUGAAACUUAGUUACUGAACUGACACAAUACAGUAUCAAGCAACACAAGAAAAAAAAAAAACCUAGUCCCUUUCUCUCUCGAAGCAAAAGGCGCCGUCGUCGUUCAUCUUUGUUGCUCCGGCGGUUGGCGUCUCUUGCCACCGUCGGAAGCGGUUCUAAUUUUUUUCUUCUUAGCUUGGCGGAUCUCCACUUUGGACUUGCGACGUUGAAGGUUUGGGUUGCGAUCUGGCUUCAAAGAGAUGUUUUGUGUGGUUAUUUGGUCAGAUCUUUGUUCGCUCUCGCUGGAUUGGAGAAUCGGCGGUCUGAGGUAGCGAUUGGCUUCGGUGAGGUGGCGUUGGCCUGUUGGUAGUGGUCCGACACCGGUGAAGUUCAUGGGCCUCGUCUUGUCUUGAUUUUUUCCUGUUUGCAACCUUUUCUUUGACGUUUAUAGUAUGGUGAAGUUAUCUUUAUUUAGACUAGUUUGAGGCUGUGGUUGCUUGUGAAAGGCUUUGUUGUGAGAGCGUGUGUCUGUGUUUCUACCGGAUUGCUUGGGGGGGGGUCUGCUAGUUUCGAAAUUAUUUUCUGGUGCGCGGUGGCAGGUUUAGCCGGCUCUGAUGUGGGGUUGUAAUUCUUCCAUCGAUCCUGGUGUCUCGUUUUCAGGUGGUCAAUGGUGGUGCGUUGUGCUAGUUUCUCCAGCUCUGCCCUUUCGUUAGUGCAUCAAAGAUUUCUUAAGCGCUUGGGAGUUUGUGUGGUCUGUGGCAAGUGUGGAUGGUGUCUUCUCUCGGGUCUGCGGUUAGGUUCUUCUCUGUGGUCUCCGGAUAGAAGCUAUCAUCCUUGGAGCGUAUGAUGACUUUCUUGUGGUUAUCUUUCGUUUCGCCGUUUUCACUCGGUCGUUCAUUUAGAUUUCAGUGGGUGAAGUGCAAGUGUUAUGAAGUUGUGCUGUCCCUUGGUCUGCAUCCUACGGGUUCUUCCGGAUUACUUGGUAAGGGGCUGUGGAGCUUAUGCUCAAUUGCGUGAGGUCUUGGAGUAGUCGAUUGCCAAACAUGCAUCUUCAUUGGCUGCUCGGGUUGGAAUUUGUUGUUUCUUUGGCUUCUUUGAGGUGAAGCAAUGGUAAGUGUGGUGUUUGUUCGUGGUUUUUCCUUCAACCCCAAUAAUAUAGGCCUGCUACGCUUUCUCGAUCAAUCCUGCUUCUAACGCUGGUUGCUUCGCCUUCCUUGAUUGUAUGGUUAUUCUCCUUUGGCGCUUAGUUAUCUUGUUCUCCUUAGUUUAAGUUAGUUUCUUGGGGGUAAGUGUUUGCUUCAGUCCUUGUUUCUGGGUAGUAUCUUGUUUCUACGCCGGCUUAUGAUUUCAGAAAGGUUGUAUACCUUUGCUGACUUUGUGUGUAAAACUCUGUUUGAACCUUUGAUUAAUCUAAUAGAUGACAAAAAAAAAAAAAGAACUGACACAAUACAGUAUUUUCUUAGGGUCCAUCUUAGACGUUGGAGCCUCAACAUUUGUGUGAAGAAAAUGUACUAGUAUGGUUAAAGGAGCUUAUAAUUAGGAGUAAUGGGAGGGGAGACUAGAGGGCCCCGUUAAUGGUAGACCAAUUUUAAGAGACCAUUUAAGCAGGGACUAACAACACAGCAGACACCAGAGUGCUAACCUCCUCCUUCUCCCCACUUGUCCACCUUGACCCCCUUCACUAAUUCUCCAUUUAUUUCCCAAUGAACUUGAACUUGGAGCAAAGAGCACAAACGGGUACUCAUCUAGUAUUAUCUACAAUGAACUUGAACUUGGAGCAAAUAGCACAAAAGGUUGAACUGACUAUAGUUAAAAACCUCUUAGGUUAUGACUGUAUAGUCACUCUACCACAAAUUUUUACUCCAAAACUUAUUUACUCUGUCUACUAGUUAUGACUUAGGAAUACUCAUCUAGUAUUUAUUAUUUACAAUGAACAUGAACUUGGAGCAAAGAGCACAAAUAGUUGAACUGACUAUAGUUAAAAACUUGUUCCUUCACUAUACUUAGGCUGUGACGGUAUCACUCUAACGUAACUUUUUACUCUUAACAAUUCGCCGGUCACUAAUAAUUCGUCGAUUAACUUAGGUUGUGACUGUAUCUCUAUGGUUAACUAAUUUAGACUUAUGAUUUAGAUUUGAUGGGUGAAAUUUUUAGAGGUCGAGGUUUAGGAUUUUAAUAAAUAAAUAAAUACUUAAAUUUUAUAAACAGUUUCAAAAAAAAAUUCGAAGUUAAAAACAAAAACAAAUUGAAAAGAAAAAACGAAAAAAAUUUAUAAAAGUUAAAAAUGUAUAAUUUGAAAACUUUAUUUAUCAUUAUUAUUAUUAUUAUUUAUGUAUAUAGUUAUUUAUAUUUAUAUAUCUAUAAAGUAAGGAUAGAAGGGUUUUUGUUUUUUUUAAUAAAACUUCAUACUUUAAAGUAUUUGUAAAGAUAUCUCUCUAUCAAAAAUAAGCAUAAGAAAUAGUACAAAAUGAGGUAAAACAUAUUUUCCUCAAAAAAUAUACACUCGGCUUUAUUUCAUAUUUUGGUAAUGUAAUAAACAAUAAUAUUUCUAUUUUUUUUCAUCAUUUCAUUUUUGAUUAUUUUUCACUUUUUUACUUUAGGUUACUGUAAUGAAACCAGAACCUUAUGACGAGGCUAUUGUCAUUUUGGUUUUAUAUAUCUCUAUAAAUCUAUAGUUCUACUAGACUUUCGGCGUAAGUACAUCUUAUGUGUAUAUAUAUAUUUUUAAAUGGCAUAUGCUGAUAUGCAACAUCUUCACUAAUAUCCUACACUAUCAUUAUUUUCCUUCCACUGACAUUACAGCAUCUUGUUCGGAUGGUCUUAUCAUUCUUUUUCUUUUUUUUUGAGUCUAAAAAAAGGUGUUUUCACUUUCUUUACUAGAAACUCAAGCAUUGUAAAUAGUCAUUUUUACCGUGAAUUAAAUCUAAGUAACAGAAAUUACAGUCGCAAUCCUUUUACCACUAGGCCAACUCAACAUUGGUGGUCUUAUCAUUCUUUCUUCUCCAAAGAUAAUUGUUAAUAAAUUAAAUGCUAUUGGAUCAGUACAAUAUACUAAUCUAGUGGAGAGUACGAAUUAUGUAUUUAUUUUAAAAUGUAAAUUGGUGAAUUUUUUUUUUUUGAUAACCGAGUGUCCUGGCCUCAUCGUGGUGGUCUAGACUAGAGACCGAACCCUUUAGCGGCACGGACGCACACCCAAAGGUGGGUCAUGGCCAAGCAACGGUCUUUGGUCUCGGGCGCCAGAGCAAAUCCGCAUGUAAAUUCUCUGGUGGCCAGUGCGAGUCGAACCCGAAACCGUACUUGCAGCCGCAAGCCGUUUACCACCAGACUAACUCGUCCUGAUUAAAUUGGUGAAUUUUUUUUGUUCGAGUCUAAUUGGUAACAUUCGUUAAAAAAAACUAAUUGGUAACAUAUCAAACAAUGGACUAGACAAACGUAACAAAUACUGUUUUAAUCUCAAACGUGCAAAACAUACAGAACCAAUAUACACUAAAAAAGAAGAUUAGAAAAGUACAUAAUUUUGACCAAAAAAAAAAAAAAGUACAUAAUUAUCUAUCAUUCGAACGUGUCGGUUAAGUCAUUUUGGCUUGUGGUCAAGUUUUGGUCAAGUCAUGAUGGUUAUUGGUUAAGUAUCAGCAUAAUGGACUCCUAUGGUUCUAGCAGAGGUAGGAGUAGUUUUUUUUGCUUCCAUAUUUGUGAUUUAUCUUCAGUAUUAAUCUGGUGACAUCACUAUCGUCGGGUCAACUGACGUCAUGGCGUCUAUGUGUCUAUGUCACGGAUAUAGACGUGGCGCUUCUGUAGAUGCCUUGAUGACCAAUAAGCGGAUGGCGGCUUCCACUUUAACAUUAUUCACAUUUUCUUUUGUCAUGCGACUGGCGCGUACAAUCACGUAUUAAGAGAAAUCAUUGGACUAAUUAUUUAUAAUUACAUUAUUUGCCUGCUGAAACAUAGGUAGAACUUGUAGAUUCUUUGGUAUGUAAAAAAUUAAACAAGCUUCAAACUUUCAAUGCACCAAGCGGGUAUUCUGUGAAAACACACGCAUAACAAACUAAUCAUUUGACUGAAACUUAUUUUCCUAAAAAUUUUAUUGUUUAAAAAAUGUAAUAUUAAUAAACAUUUUAAUUUACUGAUAUUUUUUCGUUUCUUAUCAAUUUUUUAUAAAAUUACUAAUAACUAUUAAUACAUGCAUGAAUAUCAAUAUAGCUUUGUUAUAAAUACGUCUAUAUCCAAAUUAACUUAUUUGUUCUUUUGUUGAUAUACUAAAACCAAGUAUGGUUAUCAAUCUUGUUUUGUUACCUCAUGUAGAAACAACUGUUUAAAAGAAAGGAGUAGGUGUGAAACGGUGAAUAUACACGCGUGUAGAUUAAACGCGCCGUCGGCUAACACCAGCCGAGGACUCGAUGAGACUGUCAUUAAAUUUUUGUUUGGUUUCCUUACCAUUAAUAUCCAUCCUAAAAAAUCUUAUACUUGUUUUUUUUUUUAUAUAUAAUUUCAGAUUAGGCUAAAACAAGAGAGCUCACAUCUGGAUUAUUUUUCCUUUUGAGUUCUUUACAAAGAAUCAAGCAAAUGGAGUCAUCAUCAACGUUGCUCAAAAGCUCAAACCAGAGAAAGUCACCAUCGUCUCCGACAAGGAAACCACCAAGGCAAAAGAGGAAGACAACGACGACCACGAGCAAUAACAAACCCAUCAAAGUCCGUUACAUAUCAAACCCGAUGAGAGUGGAGACGUGUGCUUCUAAGUUCAGAGAGCUCGUUCAAGAACUGACCGGUCAAAACGCCGCCGAUCUACCUCCGGGGCCCACAACUUUCGCCGCCAAAGAUCCUCACAAGAAGGAGAUUAAUCCUGAGCCGUUGGAUGAAGGGAUUUGUGAGUAUUACUCACCGAUGGAUGAUGAAGUGUUUAAUGCUCCGCAAAUGUCGGCAGCUCUGUCUGCGUUUUUCUCGUCUGGGUUUUACAACGUGAAUGCAUUAGAAAGCAUUGGUUCUCUCUGAAAAUCUUAUGUGUCUUUUUACAUAAAAAUGUAACACAGAUCAGAAGAAGAAAUCAUCUUAGGGUUUCCUGGAUACCGACAUAUGUAUUUCUGUUUUUGUUUACAAAAAACAUGUAUUCUGUUUUUUCAUGUGGCGAAUUGUUUUUCUUUUUUUGAGUGAGUAAUUAUUUGCGUUCAUUUAAAAGAAGAAAUCUUGCAUUUUUCA